AUGCAAAGGGGAGAGGGUAUGGCACCACUAGAUGCAGCGGACGGGCGGCAGAUGGAUACUUCCAGCAACCAAAACAACAACAAGCGCGGUACAUCGUCAGACUCUUCGUCGAAUGUAAAGAACAACCGAGCGGCCCAGGGCGGACAGGCAGACGGAAAUUCCAAGACCUCCACAGAUUUCGGAAAAGGAAAGUUCAGUGGUGGCUCUGGUGGUGGCUCUGGUGGAGGCUCUGGCGGUGGCUCUGGUGGUGGCCCUGGUGGAGGCUCUGGUGGUGGUGGUGGGUUUGGCAAAGGGUUCAAGGGCAACGGAAACAACGAUGCCGGAGGUGACAAGACCAGAGGAAGCAAUGGCGACAGCAGCAGUACAAAUAAGGGAGGUAACAGCGGAGGCGGUGAUGGUGGUGGUGGUAGCAGCAACAACAGGGGCGGUGGCAGCAAUAAGAACAACAACAGCGACAACAACAACUUUGGAGGCCAAAGUAGCGGCAGCAGAAGCAAGGGCAAUAGCAAUGGGGGUGGAAACACCAAUAAUGCUGGAGCCGGCGUUGACGGAAACAACGGCAACAGCAAUGGGAACAACAGUGGCAGUUCCAGCAGUGCUGGAAGUGCGACGACCACCACCGCGGCCGGUAGCGGAGAUGUUGGGAGCAGUGACAGCAAUGGUGCCCAGGAGAUUUCGUCAGAACAAAUCGACACCACAUCCGCACCAACGGAUUCACCCGCAUCGGAGGCACCAUCUACGACGGACGCUCCUACUGUCGUUCUCACAACCUCAACCAUUGUGGCAACUGGGACGGAUGCCGUCGUGACCAGUUUUGUGCCGUUGAUAACGACCGCAGCAACAACUGAGAGCACUGCCACAACUACCCACAGACCUUUCGCGCCAUUUGUCCCCUUUGGGGCCAACUUCCCUGGCUCUGGCAGACCUAGUGACAGGAACGGUCCUGAUGACAGAAAGCACAGGGGUGUCAACGGGACCACGGCAGAUGACGACGACAGCAAUGGUAGAAACGGGAGCGGAAACAGCGGCAGCAACAAUAAGGGCAACAACAAUAACAACAACAACAACAACAACAACAACAACAACGGUAACAACGGUAACAACAGGGGCAACAACAACAAUAACAACAAGGCGUUGGAUCCGACGGCCGAAAGGGCAUUGAUAUCUGUUGGCUCCAUUGGUAUGUUCUCCGUCAAUACGGGUCCCAGCUUCAUCGUCUUGUGCCUAACAAGAACAGGUGCUUUUAUCGUGAUUUGCUUUAUUGCUUGGCUCGUCUGGAGGGCCUGUAAGAAGCAGAAGCGGGAGAAGUUGCAACGCGGCAAUGCCUCAACGUUCCCGUCCCACGAUGGACCCUUUUCCACCAUUGCUAGACUGCCUCGUCGCAUAUACGAUCGUAUUGCCAACAAAAUACCCUUUGCCAGUAGGCAGCACAAAGCAUGGCAGACGUUAGAAGAGACCAACUCUUCGAACGUGGGGCCCAUGGCGGCUAACAAUGCGGCUUCUUCGAAUAUGACCCGCCUGGGUGGACCUACCUACGAAGAGAAAGGUGGUGACACGUUGAGGACCUUCGGCUUCGACAGAGACGUCCCACCGGCUAUUCCCUCCCAGGUCUAUUACUCAAGCGGAUUGGGCUUGGGAUUGCAGUUCCAGUCUCCACCAGAACAGGCCGAGGUCAGCAAUGCCAACGGGAUGCAGGCUGGUAUGAUGCGGUCGAAUACGGGCGCUUCUGUCUUCACACACACUCCAGCAGCGUCGUUCAGCUCGUCAAUGGUAUCCGGCCAGUCAGGCAUGCCAGUGGCCCCACCUUACGUCUUGAACAACGGAGCUGCCAAUACGGGCCAGCCAACUGGCUCUGUGAUGGCGGUUGACAAGGCUGGCCAGCAGUACAUGACGGACGAUAAUGGCAGCGUGGCGAGCACACUGCGGUCACGCAUGCCGGACCCAUUCUACAAUCAGUCGCAACUGGCACGCCAGCCGUCUGACGCAUACGACCCGGCACGGCGGCAAGUCAACCGCGCCUCGGAAUUGUCUUCUUUAUCAUCCGGCUUCGGUGACGGCGAGAUCCUGGUGCUGGCAUCGGAUCAGCAGGCGACGCAGCCCGGCCAAAUGCCACUGGCUGCCCAGCGUCCGUCGCGGGCCUCGACUGGCCCACCAUUGUCUGCAUCAGCUGGCGCAGCUGCGCGACUCUCGUGGAUGCGGAAACAGCGCAUGAGCCGCGAGACAGUCUACACCGAAUCCAGCGAGGACCAGCCGGCAAAGUUCCGGUCCGUCAACUCGUGGGUCAAGCAACAGACGGGCCGCGUGAGACGCGGACAAGCUAGCAUUGACAUGACGACGAGCGCAUCUGCCGGUCGCGACGCGGCAGGCGAUGUGGCCUUGGUGGUUGGCAAUCAACCUGGCAUUCCACACCCCUUACCCCGAGAGCAGCGGUUGACGAUGAUGGACGACGGCGAAGAGCCACGGCGGCCGGAUACCGUCCCGGGAAUUCAGAUGGCGUAA